AUGGUUGCGAGCGAGUUAACUUUCCCUUUGCUCCAUUUCGGUUGAUUUGUGUUGCCUCCCUCCCUUCCUUCCUUGGAGACCAAGGUUUUGUCUAUUUGUUUGUAAUGUAAACACAGCGCUGGGACUGGCGAGAGUGAGAGAGAGAGAGAGCAAAUCUAAAUCUAGUAAAUCCGUGGUGGCUUGUAGUUUGGAAAUUAUCAUUGUUAUUAUUAUUAAUAUAAAUAGAUUUAGGGGGGGAAAUGGCGACGUUGCAGGCAGUGAUGGGGAAUUUGACGGCGAGCGAUCGGCGGAUGCUGACAGCCGUGAACAGCGGAGCAUCGAGCCUCUCCUUGCUUGGCUCUGGUUUCAUAGUUCUCUGCUACAUCUGCUUCAAGGAACUCCGCAAGUUCUCCUUCAAGCUCGUCUUCUUCCUCGCUCUCUCUGACAUGCUUUACAGUUUCUUCAGCAUUGUUGGGGAUCCGUCUAAAGGAUUGUUUUGUUAUGCUCAGGGCUAUAGCACCCAUUUUUUCUGCGUGGCUUCUUUCCUGUGGACUACUACAAUUGCCUUUACUCUUCAUCGUACAGUUGUCAGACACAAAACAGAUGUUGAAGAUUUGGAGCCUGUUUUUCACUUGUAUGUUUGGGGAACUUCUCUGGUUAUGACAGUCAUACGUUCUAUUGGUAAUGACCAUGGGCAUUUCGGUGAAUUAGGUGCAUGGUGUUGGACACAAACAGGGCGCACAGGAAAGGCGGUUCACUUCAUAACAUUUUACGUGCCAUUAUGGGGUGCAAUUAUUUUCAAUGGUGUCACAUACUUUCAAGUGAUACGCAUGCUAAACAAUGCGACACGUGUAUGUACUCAUUUACCUAUUUUCCUUCCCCCUUUUUUUAUACUUUUUUCAGACGACAACCAGAACUCCGACUGGGGAGACCCCUUUUCACCUAACUUAUGGUGCCGAGAUGUUGAGAACCCUGUUAAAAUUGUAUUUUUCACUAGGAAUGCUUUAAACCGAUGGGGUUAUUAUCCACUCAUUCUAAUAGGAUCAUGGACUUUUGGCACAAUCAACCGCAUUCAUGAUUUUGUUGAGCCAGGCCAUAAAAUCUAUUGGCUUUCAUUUCUUGACGUUGGGAUGGCUGCACUUAUGGGCUUGUUCAACUCAAUAGCAUAUGGCCUUAACUCUUCAGUGCGCCGGGUGAUAUAUGAAAGAUUGGAUCUGUUACCAGACAGGUUUCGAAGAUGUCUCCCAAAGAACUGGAAAUCCAGAGGCCAGCAGCAAGACAGCGAACUAGUCUCAUUGAAGGUUCAAGACCACCAAUAGCAAUUAGGACAUGUUAUCGUAGUGCAUUCACCUGCAAAAUGGUCAAUCCUAAAAUAAGGUUCCAACAUUUGUUUGUCAAAUUUGAUCGGAGUAGGGAUGAACAUGAAAACAAGGAAUACAGCUCUCACUGCUUCAUGCGAAGUGUUGUGGAUGCAAUGCCUCUCAUUAAAACAUGUCCAGUAUGAUUUGUCGGAUCAUUCCAUUGGUCAGUUUGUGGCCUUUUUUUGGUUUCUUCCUUUGUAAAACACUGCUGCCCUUGUGCUCCAGAGGAUGCUUAUGGAAGUUUCCCCCAGAGAUCUCAGUUGAGAUGGGCUGGCUAUUCCCCAAGUAGAAUCUCUGCCAGAGGUUUGUGGUUUCUGCUGUGAUCACGGCAUUGUAAAGAAUUGAAUUCCUUUGAUUGUAUCAGGAGAGGCUGAACAUCUUUUACUGAUUCAUCUAGCAUUGGUGAUUAACAAUUUUUUUUUUUUUGGUUUAUGAGUGCGUCAUUACUCCAUUAUUUUUAUGAUUAACAUGAAGUUCUGAUUUCUUUCUU